GGCUAUUUGUCUAAAAGGUAACAGGUUGCGAGGAGAAUAAUUUGCGUUUCUGCUGGAAGUGGAAUUAGCCUAUAUCCGAAGCAGUAUCAUUUUAUAUUUUUUCCCUUUCCGUUAUAACGUCUGGACAUACUUAAAAAAGACCUUCAUUUUAUCGAUCAAGACCAAAACGACGGGGACGAGAGGCACUGCACAAUACGCGUUUGAGAAUCGACAUUUGUCACAGCGAUGAGCGCUCUCUCGGCGGAGAGGAAGCCUCCCCUGGACUACGGCGUCCAGAUCCGCUUCAUCAAGGACCUGGCGGACACGGGCGGGGGGUACCCUCUGGGCGCGCGGCGGGGCAGCGCGGGGGCCCCCGUCUCCUCGCCCGGCUCCAAGUACGGCGUGGCGGUGCGGGUGCAGGGCAUCGCGGGGCAGCCCUACGUGGUGCUGAAGGAGGGGGAGAAGGGCGACUCCCUGCCCCGCCGGGUGGGGGGCGGCGCCGACCCCGCCCAGCCCCUGGGCCGUGCCCAAUCGCAGGACUCCCUGCUGGAGAGGAAGGCCAUGGCGGACUUCCGCGGCCUGGUGGCGAGGCCGCCGGGGGACGGGCGCUCGGGGAGCUACGCGGCGCUGAACGGGGGCGAGAGGCCGGCCGUUAACGGGGACGCGGCGGCGCGGGACGGGCGGGGCUCCGCCGCCGAAACCUUCCCGGACCCGCCCCCUCCGGUCACCGCCCCGGACGACCACCGCGACCCCGCCCCGGCCGUGGACACCGACUCCCUGGCGCCCAUCACCCGGCUCAUCAGCAGGUUCGGCGGGGGCGACGGUUCGGGGGUCCCUCCGAGGGGUCGGGCCAAACCCCCGACCCGGCCGAAACCGGGCGACCAUCUGCGGUCGGGGAGCCUCGACGUCCAGGACGGAUCGGGUCGCACCCCGCUCCCUUCCCCCGCCCCCUCCCCCGUCCCCAACUCCUACUGCGCCUCCCCCACCCCCUCCUCCACCUCCUCCUGCAGCAGCCUGGGGCGGAGCUACCGCCCCGGCAGACCCAUGGCCCGCCCCCCGGCCUCCACGCCCGCCUCCGGUUGGUCGUUGGGGAGGGUGGCUGCCAAGGAGACGCCGCCAAUCACCCAGGCAGAGAAGCAGGUUACUCCUGACCUGCUGAGAGACCAGGGUCAAAGUGCAGAGGUCACCAGCAAGGAGGAGAGGGCCAAACAAGCGGUCUACAACAUCCUGAAGGAGGGGUCCAACGAGAACAUGGUCGCCACCAAGCGCAAGGUGGACCUGGUCUUUGAGAAGCUCCAGGACCUCGGGGUGUCGCAGAGCGGUGACUCCACCAUGAAGGCGGAGUUGGAGGAGUGUCUGGAGGAGAACCUCAGGCUUCAGGAGCAUCUGGACCGCAAGACGGCCGAACUGCACCAGAGCCACACAGACCUGACACAGCUCCGCAUGGAGAGGGAGGCGGCCGAGCUGAGGGGGCGGGUCCUGGAGGACCAGCUGGCCCAGCAGCAGGAGGACCUGAGGAGUGUGGCGGAGGACUCGGCCCAAACGGGCUCUCUGCACACGGACCUGCUCUCGGCCCAGGCUGAGCUCUCCGACGCCGGCCUGCUGCAGCAGAGGCUGGAGGAGACGCUGCGCCAGCGCGAGAGGGAGCUGACCGCCCUGAAGGGGGCGCUGAAGGACGAGGUGGCCACUCACGACCAGGAGAUGGAGGAGCUGAGGGAGCAGUACGCCCAGGACAUGGGGAGACUGAGGAGCAGCAUGGAGCAGGUGUCCCAGUCCCAGCAGGGCAUUGAGGCGGAGCGUCUGAAGGUGAACGCCACCAUGAACUCCCUGGAGCAGCUGCUGGAUGCUUCCAGAGAGGAGCUGGGCACCACCAAAGAAGAGCUGCUGCAGGCCCGUCUGGAGAAGGAGGAGUUUGAGGAGGAGCUGAAGGAGCUGCAGGGAAGACUGAACGACAUGAAGGAGCAGAUACCAGAUCCUAGCCACACACACACACUCACACAGGACCUGCACCAGUGUCAGGACAGUCUGAAACAGGCCCGCUCCGACCUGGAGCUCCUCAAAACCCAGCUGGACAAGAAGGGGGCGGAGCUCAAGGCCCUGAAGAAGGCCAAUGAGGAACGGGAGGCGGAGCAGAGCCGAGAGAUUGACAGGCUGAAGCUCCAAUCGCAGAGGGAUAAAGAGGAGCUGGCUAAGCAGGCGGCGGGGGGAGAGGCGGGGUGGGAGGCGGAGCAUUUGAGGGACAGGCUGACCGCGAUGCAGAGGGAGCUGCAGGACUACAAGACCCAGCAGCAGGAGAGCAGCGCCCGGCUCCGAGACAAGAUCACCCGGCUUGAGGCCCGUUUGGAGUGCAGCUCGUCCCAGAGCUCGGAAGCGGAGCUGCUCCUGGAGGAGGAGACGCGGGUGCUCAGGGCCCAGCUGGAGGAGGCGCGGCGGGGGCUGGCGCGGCUGGGGCAGGAGCGCGAGGAGCUGAGCCGGCGCCUGGAGGAGCGCGAACGGGAGCGGGAGGGCCUGCGGAGGGGCAAGAGCGACCUGGAGGAGCAGAAACGCCUGCUGGACCGCUCCCUGGAGAAGAUCAGCAAGGAGAUGGAGCUGCUGAGCUCGGACUCGCGCCAGUCUGUGCAGGGGCUCCAGGCCCAGCUGGAGGAGUACCGCGAGCGCUCCCGAAAAGAGCUGCAGGAGGCCCAGCGCCAGGGCAAGGACCGCCUCACGGAGCUCCAGAGGGCCCAGGGCACCUCCAGGUCCCUGCAGGAGGAGCUCCUGCGGGUGAAGAAGGAGCUGCUCCUGUGCAGUGAGCAGAGGGACAGCGCUCAGCUGGAGAAGGACCUGCUCUCCAACCGCCUCAAACACAGCGAGGAGGAGCUGGAGGCCCACAAGAGCCUGCAGGGAGACCGCAGCAGGGAGACCCGCGCCCUGGAGGACCAGGUGAAACAGCUGGAGAUGGACCUGGAUGAAGAGAAGACCAACGCUGAGCUUCUAGAGGACCGCGCUGCCCGCAGCCGGCUGAAGGAGCUGAGGGGCCGUUUGGCGGAUAUGGAGGGGCAGAUCCGCCCCUCUGCGGGGGUGUCCCACCUGGGUCAAGUUCAGGAGCUGGAGGACCGGCUCCACAGCGAAGAGAGGGAGAAGAACAGUCUGCACUCAGCUCAGCGGCGUUAGAGGAAACUGAAGGAGCUCAACAUCACUCUGGAGGAGGAGAAACAGAGACACGCUGGAGAGAAGAUCAGACCCCUGUCCCAGCUGGCCCUGCGGGUGAAGGCCCUGAAGAGGCAGGUGGACGAGCGGGAGGGGGAGGUGGAGCGGCUGGAGGGCCUGCGCAGGAAGGCUCUGCGGGAGGGCGAGGAGCAGCUGGAGCAGCAGGAGGUGCUGCAGGCCCGCGUCUCCGCCCUGGAGGCCGAGCUAAAGCGGAAGACCCAGCUGGCGCGCCGCCCCCUCCUCAGCUAGGAGGACGAGGGACUGGACGACACGUCCAGCAUCGCCUCCCUGCUGUCAGAGCGCCACCUGCAGACCAGCGCCUGCUAGUGCGCCCGCGAGACCGAGGGAGGGAGGGAGGGAGAGAGAGACGGGGGGAACAGGGUACAGAAAGGGAGGGAGAGACUGGCGCUAGGUCUCCCGCCUCCCUCUACACUGACGGACAGAUGAAGGGUUGCUCUACGCUCGCUGCACAGGUCAUUUACUUUAGAAGUGCUCCCCCUGCUGGCGAGACCAGGACGAGUCCCGAGCGUGUGUUCACAACACUGAGAUCUGGAGCCUGUUCUGCUGGAAAAAAAACAGAGGGAUUUAUGGGAUUUCUCAUAUAGCGGCGCCUGAUAUCACAGCAUUAUCAAGGGGGAGUGGCUAUCUGGGGGGAGGGGCAUUCGGGCACAAGGUGCGUUGUCAUGGCACCAUACCCAAAAGGAGGCAUUCACCAGAACCCACUGUCUCUAUGGUGAGGCGCUGUGGCCCGAGUCAGUCUGGGACACAUCAGGGUCGUUACGCAGUUUUAUGGACACUCAGCGGUCCACUGCAGUGUGUGAGCUUUCUCACCUCUUAAACUUUGAGAAGAGGCCUUCACUGAUACCAGCUGCAUUCAUACUCACACACACACACACACACACACACAUACACACACUAACAUGCACACUACUACACACGUGCACACACAGGAAUGCAGUCACACACACACACUGACACACGUGCACACACAGUCCCAACAGAUACACCAAUAUCUAAAUGAAACGAGUCACCUUUUCAAAUUUUGAAAGUACAGGCUCCACGGAAGACUCCGGAAUCCACCAGCCUGGACACGUUGCUGGCCUUCACUGCCUUCAGCUUAGGGGCACUGAAUGUUUUCUUACUGUUUCUACUGAAUGUUGCUUUCCCUUUGAUUGUACCCGGUUGUGUGUCUGAGUUUGCACACGGUUUUUAAUGGAGAUUUGUGUUAUUUUUGACACUGCUGUGCCUUUCGAUUCACUGUGCAAAUGACACAUGCACCUGCCUUACACGGUUACUCAGUAAUGCAGGGUGAAGUUUUGAUGUAUAUUUUUAAUUUAGUACUCUUUCUGUCUCACUCUUCAUCUCCUGUUACUCUCUUUUCACUUAUCACUAUUGUUCCCACCAUCAUACUAGCCCAGACUACAUAUUGCUGUCAUAACAACCUUAUGGCAUGUCAUAGCUGCUUUAUUACUACCUACAUAGGCUGCUAUGUCACAUUAACAGGUUGAUUUUUUGCUUGAUCAGUAAUGUCAUGCUUAUGAUGUAUUUAUGCAUGUUUAUGUCACUGUUACGAAGGGGUUAUGCAUGUUUGUCAUGCUUAUGAAGGGGUUAUGCACGUUUAUGAAGGACUCGUGACGUUAGACUCCGUGAAGGAUGUUGUGUGUGCAUUGAUUUUUAGUUUUUGCCAUCUUUCCCUCAUUUGUUCUUUCUGGAUUCAUUUUUCUUCUGAACCUUCAUACGUCUUGUCUUCCUCUCCCUUCCUCUCCCUCACUCUCUCUCCUUUAUCUACCUCUUUCCCUCCAUCUCAUCUGCCUGUUAAGCUCCUCAUUAUCUUUCGCUCGCUCUCAUUCUUUCUGACUUCUACACAUUCCUAAAUAAAAUAACUGUGAAUAUUUUUCACUUAAGCCUUAAUUAUAAUUAUGAUUUUAUUCAUGUCGAUGUUAUUGUUGUAUAAAAAGAAAAGUAUUUCUAAAAUCAUUCUGAAAACUAUUAUAUGAUGGAUUACUAUUCUGGUUCUUGAGUCCAGUCUGUUCUCAUAUUUGACCUGUUACAACCGAAACACCCUUUGAACCUUUUAGUGAAUUUGAUAUUGAAGAUUUGUCAGAAUAUUAUGUUAUAUCCACAUUGAUGAUGGUUGUUUUAUUCAGUGUAACAGUGAGCAGUUGUACUUGCUGGAGAAUGCUACAUGAUACAAGAGAUUUAUUGUGCAUGCAGGUUAAUGAUAGGAAAUGAUUCUGCUUUGUAUGGUAGAAUGGAUAGUUGACAUUGUUUUCCUGCACAUGUUUGGAUAUUCUAAAAUGGUCAGUGGAACGCUUUGUAUGGGUGGCCCUUUUUUAACAUUACGGCGUUACUGUGUCUUAAUUAAACUUUGUGUAUCAGACCAAUGAA